AUGAGAGGUCGGCGCGGGCGAAUGCUGCAUUCAAUUUUUACUGUGUGCAGUCUUUAAAGUUCCCCUCCAAGGAAAAUUACGGGCUUUAAUUGAUAUCGAAGAUAAAUAGUGAAAAGUGAAGGAGUGCUUUAAAGAAGGCUUCAGGUGUGAGACGUGUCACCUAGCUCGCCAGGGCUCUCCUUUUUACCAAAGGAGUCGGACAAUGUGGAGGCGAGCUGUGGCGACCGCCAUUUUUGGCCCCUCCCAUGCUACAAAGUUCAGCACAUCUGCACAAUGCCAGAUGAGGGCUCCACAGCUGGUGAAGGUCACCAACCAGAAACUGGAGCCGGCUUACCUGACUGCCUCGGAGAAAAUGGUGCCCAUUUACCCGCUGAUCAACAUUCAGCUCAAGUCAUAUGACUUCGCCAUGUUGGAGCACUACGCCAAGUGGGUGCACCACAUGCUGUGCGCCCUGGACGUUGACGUCAAUGACUGCUGGGCCAGCCCCCACUCCAGCUGUCGUGUCACGCGGUUCAAGCUCGACAGCGCCAUAGUGGAGACCUCCUACGAGAUGAAGACGUACGAGAGGAACGUCCAGCUGAGCGAGCUGCCGGCGACGGUGGCGCCUCUGGUGGCCGAGCUGCUGCAGCGCAGCACGCCGCCGGGCGUGUGGGUCCGCUUGCAUCCGCAUGAGUCCCAGCACGACGACCUGCGCUACGUGCCCGACCUGCAGCUGAAGGAGCUGAAGCAGCAGCUGUCGGAGGUCGGCCAGGACCCGGACAAGCGGAAGCGGAAGGUGGCCCCCAACCCGGCCGGCACCGCCAGCUAGCGGUGGGGGCGUCGAUAUAUGUCGCUUGCGAUGAGUGCCGAGUGUGGGAGCUGUGGGAGUGUGGGAGCACACACACGGACCCGUGGGAUCCAUGUGUGUUCUUAUGUGUUCUGGCCCCCACAAGCCACCUCUGUUUUUGUUGGGUGUUUUGUAUGAUCUGCAAUAUGAAAAGUGUCUAGCAAA